AUGAAAUUCACUCUCGCUACUAUCGCUGGCCUCUUUGGCGUCUCUGCCAUCGCUGCUCCAGCACCCCAGGAAUCUGGUGCCUCUUUGACAUAUGAGAACAUCAACAUCGCCGAUCUCUCCGUUUUCAAGCAGCAAAAUGGCACAGUGACCAACGUCAGAUUCCUCCUCUCUGGCAACAAUGCCGCGGAUCUUACCUGCGAGGGUGCGACCGGUGUCCCCUCGGAUGUGAUCACCUGCGGCGAGUCCAAGUACCGUUUCACGAUCCGUCCAGGCAACGAGACUGAAUUUGCGCUCCGCAUCUACCAUGAGCUCGGCCUUGCAUUCGGUUACUGGGGUCAAGGUGAUGUACCCACGUACUGUCACACCGCUGGUCUCGGAGAGACCUGCAACCAAGUCAACCCUACGACGAUUGUCAUUGACAGCGCCCCCCCGCCUGUCAACCCCUAA